AUAAAAGAAAAAAUAUAGUACAUCGCAUGCCUUGAAAAAUUUAUUUAAAAAUUGAUUAUGCAAUUGCAAAAUUGUCAAUGGUAUUUAUUACCGAAGACAUCAUUCGAUAGUAUAAGAAAAUUCAUUUCCUGUUGCUUACGAUCAGUGUAAUUGCGUAUUUUUAAGAACGUGUAAAGAUUUUACUAUCUAUUUUAUUUCAUUAUACUUACGAAUAGUACUUAAUACUCUGAAAAAAUUACUCUGUAAAAAAAUGAAUCGUAUAAGAAAACUUGUUUCCAGUAAAGAAACUCGAGAUUAUUUCCUGAGUACACAUUUUUGGGGACCAAUUGCAAAUUGGGGUAUUCCAAUUGCUACUAUUGCAGAUAUAAAAAAAGAUCCAAAAUUUAUUAGUGGUAAAAUGACUAUCGCUUUAUGUGUAUAUUCAGCAGCAUUUAUGAGAUUUGCAAUCAGAGUGCAGCCACGCAAUAUGCUACUUUUUGCUUGCCACUUUGUCAACGAAGGAGCACAAAUUACUCAAGGUUGUAGAUUUAUAAAAUAUCAUUAUCUAGAUAAAAAGCCAGAACAAUAAAGAAUAAUGAAUAUCCCAACUGCCAAAGAAAACAAUCGUUCAAAAAACUUACAGUUUAAUAUUUUAAAAUAUUAUAGUAUACUGAUAGGUAUUUGUUAAUUUAAAUAUCUGUACAUAAAAGGAAUAUUCUGUUAUACCUAAUAAAUGUAGAUAAUUGAUAUAAUGUGUUUCUUACGAACAUGUAUCAUAAUUAUUAUGUACAAACAAAAAUAAAAAUGUUUAAUAUUUUUAUAUUUUGCACAUUAAGAUAAUUCUAUCAACUAUGAUUGAUCAAUUGAUAAAAUAAUUAUAUCGUUAUUCAUAUAAUCAAACAAACAAUAAUUUGAUUUUAUGGUUUAAUUCAUGUCAAAAUCAAUAAUAUUUAUUUUUAAAACAAAUUUCUAUAACUGUCUUCAUAAUGGAUAAUUCACUUUUAUAUAUGACCAUUAAACUAUACUAUAAGAAGAUAGUCAUUUGUAUAGAAUAUAUUUAUAAAUAUGUAUGAUUUUUUUCGAGUAUCACAAUCACAGUAUUCGCACAUCAAUGUGUGCGCAGACUCACAAUUACUUAAAAAUUAUAAGUAAUGUUUUCAAAAUUUAUAUGUGAUGUUGUCUUUCUUGUCCUUAUAUUUAUCUGUAUUUCUUACCCUACAGAUCAUAUUAACUUUGAUAAUUUUUUAUAUGUGGUACUAUUUUAAAAGACAACGAGAUUCUAGACUCAUAUAAUUUUGUUUCAUUGUUUUAAUUCCGUAUAACGAUACGUGCCAUAGUUCGUGUGAAUAUUUCUAAGUAAAGCAUUGAAGCAAUAGAAAAAGAUCGCAUUGUAUUAGAUAUAUUAUCGUUAAUUGUGUAUCAGAUUAUGAUUUCUAUAUAUUUUGCAAUAUUCGAUUUUCUUUCUUAUAUAACGAAGAAAAACUUUUACUAACAUAUCAAUUAGUUUCAAAGAUUUCAUUAUGAUAAAACAAUGAUCAAGAUUAUUUUUCAAGAAAUUCAUGAUCUUCACAUAAUUCAAGUUAUCAAGAUUGGUAAGAUUAUUAGUAAAUUUAUUAUGCUUUUUAUUAACUCCAUUUAUUGUAAUUAUGUUAACAUUUAUUUUUAUGAUUGUUUUCUUUUAUUUGUCAUUAAUUUCACUAUAUUUAGAAUAUACGCUUGUGUCUGCGUGUGAAUAUGUAAAAUUUGUCACCAAGUAUGUUGCUCCAUAGUUGAAAUUUAGUUUGCAAUGAAAUAUAUCGUACCAUUGUAAA